CCGCUCGGGCCCCACGGCUCUUGGCAGGCAGCUCACAACCGCGCAGAAGCUUGUCGUCCGUGAGACAGUUCGGAUCGUGUUUCGCGUUCUGCGUCUGGAGCAGCAGCAGCAGCAGCUACCCACCCGCUUAUUUGCCCGACAGUUUAAACACUUUUAAUCGAAGUGAUCGCAGGGCGCUCGGCGCCAGGAACAGUCCAAUCAAAAAAGUGUGUUAAAAGUGCGUCCACGCGCGUGUGUGGGUUUUUUGUGUGUGUGUUUUGGAUGCGAGGGGUUAAGUGAUCAUAUCGCGUUUGCGCCUGCUUCCGGGAGAGGGUAUGUCGUGCGCCAAUGUUUUGCCCAAGUAACGAAACGCUCCAGAGCAUUACGGAAAAGACGAAACUGCUGGCCCACAAGUGUACGCAGCAGAUUCGCAAUAAUAGCAACAACAGCAGCAACAACUCCGAUGGAAGUUCACCGACAGGAGGGGGAGGAGCAGCUGGUGCAGCAGCACAGGCAGCAACAACAGGUGGUCAUCAGCCUGUGCCGGCCGUUGAUCCGCAGCGCACGUGCAAGGAUGGCACGGCGGGCGGGAAGGACGAAGGACGGCCGGUUGGGCUGGGUGGCGGUGGGACGCUGCGGUGCUUCUGUCCGUGCAAGGGAACGAUCAGCAAACUGAUGGGGCGGAAGUACGCCGCCAGCAAGGAACAGCAGGGUCAGAGUCAGCGUACCACCAAGUGGUAUGUCAAGCAGCCCACCUGGCGGUUGUGGGGCGAAGAACGCGAGGAGAACGCCAUCUACACGGUUUACCUUAAGAAGGUCCGGUACCAUCGGCCAACACCCAGUGCCAGCAGCCAAGACUCGGAUGACGAAAUAUCGCACCUGGAAUGGGAGACGGUGCGCGUGCGGUUCGUCAAGGCGGCCACCCUGUCGCGGCUGGUCGAUGCCCUCGCGACCGAUGACGGCGAGCUCGAGAGCACGUUCGUGAACGUGUUCCUGAACACCUUCCGCACCUUCGCGCAGCCGGAGAAGGUGCUCGAGCUGCUGCUCGACCGGUACGAGAAGCUGCACGCCGAGCCGGCCCUCCUGCAGCCCGAAUCGCUGUCGGACCAGCACAAGAAAACUCUAGUCUCUGUUCUUCACGUGUGGCUCGAUGGGUUCCCCGAGGAUUGGGACACGGAUAAUCUGCAACGAUUGCUAGCAUUCACCUCAAAGCGUUUGCCAAAAUCGGAAAUACAUAUGAAAGCUUUAAAUAGGUUUACGCAUAGGUUAGAUAAGUACAGUAGAAUACCACCACCGCUGCCAUGGUCCAACGAUUAUCACGAUUUCGCCGACCAGUUCGGUGGCCUCUGCCUAACGCCUGCAUUCCGCGGUCCGCCGUCCCACCUGCUCAACUCGUACCGCUUUCCCAACAUUCCGGUGAAGCACUUUGCCGAGCAGCUGACUCGCAUGGACAUGGAGCUGUUCAAGCGGCUCAUCCCGCAUCAGUGUCUCGGCGCGAUCUGGUCGAACCGGGACAAGCACGAGUGCAGCUCGGUGCUGGCCACGGUGACGCAGUUCAAUGCCGUCUCGUUUCGCGUCAUCUCGAGCAUACUGAUCGAGCCGCGGCUAAAGCCCCAGGAGCGGGCCCUGCUCAUCUCGACCUGGAUCGACAUUGCGCAGGAGCUGCGACUGUUGAAGAACUUUUCCUCGCUCAAAGCGAUCAUUUCGGGGUUGCAGUCGAACGCGGUGUACCGAUUGUCGAAGACGUGGGCCGUGCUGCCGAGGGAUAAGUUGGAGCUGUACAACGAGCUGGCACGAAUAUUCUCCGAAGACAACAAUGCGUGGGCCCAGCGAGAGGUGUUGAUGCGCGAGGGCACGGCCAAGUUCGCGGACACUGUCGGCGAGAACGAUCGGCAUCUACAGAAGGUGUUCCAGAAGCAGAACACACUCAUCAGCCAUGGCACGAUACCAUACCUCGGCACGUUCCUGACCGAUCUGACCAUGAUCCAUGCGGCCAUCCCGGACACGCUGCAGGACGGGCUGAUAAACUUCGACAAGCGGCGCAAGGAGUUUGAGGUGCUGGCCCAGAUCAAACUGCUGCAGGGUGCGGCAAACACGUACCAUCUUCCCGAUGAUCCACUGUUCGACCGAUGGUUUGCGUCGCUGCUUGUGCUGGACGAGCGGGAGGCGCACACGCUCAGCUGCUCGCUGGAGCCGGCGCCGGAGAUGACGAAGCGACCGCCAGCACCACCAGCCCAGCAUCCGGGCGGUGGUAUCGGCGGAGGGGGAGGCGGUACGCCAGGGCACAAGAAGAGUGACUCGAUCGCGUCGAACUCGAGCAGCGGGGCAGGCUCUCAGUUUUACUGUGAUAUUAACAGCACAUCUAAUGCGAGCUACAGUUCACGCAACAACUCCCUGGAUCGGGACGCUACACCACCGAACGCGUCGAUCUUGUCCGCGGCCAGCAGUGUGUCUUCCCUGUCGAUGGACUCCACCACCUCGGGCAGCCAACGGUCGAACCAUAAUGGUGUCGGCAGUGUGCGAACACCCCAGUCGAACCGAUCCCAAGGCAACGGGACUGUGGCGAGCCGUGGUGCCAACGGUGGUCGCGAUCUAAGCGAGGCACCCAUCAUCAAUGGGCAGCUGGUGCAGAACUCACCGCUCAAGAGCAGCUCGCCCGAUUUCUACAUCAUCAAGGUAACGUACGAGACGGAGCAGGUCGAGCUGGAUGGGAUUGUGCUGUACAAGAGCAUCAUGCUGGCGAACAACGAGCGAACGCCACAAGUCAUCCGAAACGCAAUGCUCAAGCUCGGCCUGGAGGGUGAUCCGGAUCGGUACACGCUGGCGCAGGUACUGCCCGACAAGGAGCUACUGCUGCCGAACAAUGCCAACGUGUACUACGCGGUCAACACGGCGUACAAUCUUAACUUUAUCCUGCGACCGAAGAAGGACACGACGGGCAGUGGCUCCUCGGUGCCGAGCUCUACCGGGCGUCCGUAGGGGAAUGGGAAUCUCAUUUGUUAUCGUCGGCGCGGUGGCAGGCAGCUUUUGUACAUUUAUCUUACGCCUAGUGAAUAUUGAAUUGACACAUGUUUUGUUGCUUGUUUUUAACCCAACGAUACCAUUUCUCUAUAUCGCGUACCGUACCGUAAUCCAGUUAGAGUAUUCCUUCAAACCACAGCACACACACACACACACACACACACACACACACACACACACACAUAUAGAGAGACAUACAGCGUGUGCAUUGUGUGUUUGUGGCUAUUUUAUCUUAGGUUCUGUAAGACGCGCUAGAAUGUCGAACGUUUAGAACAGUAAGCUAUACGGAAUUGACCCAAAGGGAUGAUAAACAUAGGUGGAAAAGGGGAGCUACAGCAACACUAAAAGGUAUUAAAAGAAACUCAGAUGUAGAAACCGUUUCAAACCACAUAUAACUACCUAACAGGUUAGGAGACCGUGGAACGAACUCCUCCCUUCUAUCAGGUGCCGUUUUGAGAGUGGGACUUUUUGGAAGUGUUUAUUAGCUUAGGUUUGCAUUUUGCAAAACUGGGCUUAAAAGUCUGGAGACUAUUUCAUUCUCACCAGGGAGGGUAACUUAGGGACGAAAAGGGUAUAACAAAAGUAAUGGAGCUACGUGAGCUGAACUUCUGGAUCUAUACAACAGAAAGCGGAAGGCGUGUGCGUAGUUUGACUCCCGUUGACACGCAACUAAGUAUUUUAUUAGGAUAUUAAUAAACCGAAAACACACAACUAUUCCAAAAAA